UUGUUGUCAAAUCAUACACCAAAAAUGUCAAGCUUAUAAAAAAAAAAAAAAAAAAAUCUAACUCAAAUUUAAUUUUCUCUUCUUUCUUCUUCAUCCACAUUCCAUUUUAUUUUACUUUUGCCUCUUACAAGCCAUGCGUCGUUUGGAACCAUACCCAUAUUAUCCACUGGCUUCAAGGAUAACAAUUUUGGCACACAUUUUUGGUGUUAUAGCUAUGAUUCUUAUGUUUGUUUGGCUGCUGCAUUAUCGUGAAGGCGUUGAUCUUGAUUCAUACGAUCCUGAUAAGAUAUUUAAUGUUCACCCACUUUUGAUGUACUUAGGAGUGAUUUUCUUGUCUGGCGAAGCACUGAUGGCAUACAAGACUGUGAGAGGAGACAGACAAGGGAAGAAAUCAGUUCACUUUUUACUUCAUUUAGCUGCAAUUAUUCUUGGGAUCGUUGGGAUACAUGCUGCAUUCAAGUAUCAUGAUGGAAGAAAUUUAACAGACAUGUAUAGCUUUCACUCUUGGAUAGGCAUUGGAACCUUCUGCCUAUACAUUUUGCAGUGGAUAAUUGGACUAUGUAUGUACAUGUUACCAUACGCUAGAGUAGAAACAAGAAAAGAAAAUCUCCCAUGGCACAUAUCAGGUGGUAGAGCAAUAUUCUACAUGACAAUUGUUGCAGCUUUGACUGGAUUAAUGCAAAAAUCCACAUGGAUGCAACUCCCAUUAUUUUCUGGAGAAUCACUUUUGAUUAAUUUCCUUGCAAUACUCACACUCCUUUUUGGAGUCACUGUUGAUAUGUCUGUUGCUCUUGCACGUUGUGCUAAAUAAUAAUUAUUUCUAAGAUUUAUUGGUCAAUUAAUUAAUUGUAAUAAACAAUUUUAGCACAUGUGUCCGCGCUUCGCGCGGUCCUUAGAAAUUAUAUUAUAAAAUGCAAAUAGUCAUAAUAUUUGUAAUAAAAAUAUUCAUCUUUACUCUUCAUCAA